AUGGAAGCCGGCUGCGUUUUCCGGCGUACAAGGCCCCUCACGGCCAUCAGCCACAACAAGUUUUUCGUGCUCGUGCGGGGGGACCAGCCGAUAGCCGUCUGGACAGGGUCCACGAACAUCACUACAGGAGCCAUUUUUGGGCACUCAAACGUGGGCCACGUCGUUCGGGACGCUGGUGUCUGCAGGCAGUACCUGGAGUACUGGGAGAGGCUGAAGGAUGACCCCGACAAGAAGGACAUGGCCGCUUUCAACGACCGGCGCUCGCCGCUCCCAGCCGCGAAGGAGUGGGCUGCUUGUUCAGAGGAGACCAGCGCGCUGGCUUUCUUCUCCCCGCGACUGCAGUGGGCAUCGGCGCUCGAGUUCCUGGCGCAGUUGGUGGCUGGCGCCAAGCAGGGCGUGGCCUUCACGGCUGCCUUCGGCAUCAGCAAGGAGAUGUCGGAAGGCAACGGCUGGAUGCAGGAGAACCUGUCAGGCCUGAACAACCAUGUCAAAUUCAUCCACACCAAGAUCUUGCUAGUGGACCCCCUCUCUGACAACCCGAUCGUGGUGUCGGGUUCCGCGAACUUCUCCAGGGCGUCGAUGGAGUCGAACGACGAGAACAUGCUCGUGGUGCGUGGUGACCGGGAGUUGGCGGACAGCUACACGGUGGAGUUCUUCCGCGUGUUCGAGCACCUGCGCUUCCGCAGCGAGCUCAAGUCGCACCAGAAGGCCACUGAGGGCCAGGAGCCGGAGGCACCGCGGCUGCCGUGGCCGCGGUGCUCCUUCGGUGAGGGCUCCGCCUUCGCGCGCCUGGAGCGCCGGGCGCUGGGUGGGCUGGAGCCCGGCUGCGGCCAGCUGGCUGGAGCGCUGGAGGCGCUGACGCUGUCGCCGGGCGCGGAGGACCCGGAGUGCGACCAGCUGUCGGGCGCGCUGGCGGCCGCGCCCGGCGGCGCGUCGCCCGCGCCGCCGCUGCCCGCUGCGGCUGCAGGCUGCCAGGCAUUGGCGGCGCCGCCGGCACGCAGGCUGGAGGGCAAGUCCCCGUUGCAUCGCCCGAAGGACCUCGCGGCCGUGUUCUCAGACGCGGACGCGGACGGCGACGGUUCGCUGGGCUUGGCGGACUUGCGAGGCUAUCUCGGAGAUUUUCUUGGCUACGGCGACGCGGAGAUUGUUGCCUUCCACCAGGCCGCUGGCGGUGAGUCAGGAGUGACCUUGGAGGCAUUUAGAACGGGGAUCAGGGGAAGCCUGAGCCCAUAUUCCAUGUCGAAGCGCAAGGACUGCGUGCUCGUGCGCAAGCCCGGGGCCUUCGGGGGCAUGAGUGGCGUAGAUUUUCAAGUCGAGGAGUGCAGCGGUUGCACCAUCCUCAUUUGUGAUAGGACCGACCAAGUAUAUUUGGAUGAGCUCGUCGACUGCAUCGUGCUGGUUGGUCCAUGCAACUCCUCCAUCUUCGCGCGCAACUGCAGGGGUUGCACUUUCUGGCUGGCCUGCAGACAGCUGCGAACCAGAGACUGCGCGAGUUGCACGUUCCACCUCCAUUCGCACACGGAGCCAGUGAUCGAGAGCUCGUCGGACUUGUCUUUCGCCCCAUUUGCAGCAGAGUACCCGGGGCUGUCUGCACAGUUCAAGCAGGUAGGCUUCGUGGCGAGCAGAAAUCUGUGGACCGCAAUCUUCGACUUCACUGGUCGCGCCGACGGCGCGAACUGGAGAAUACUUCCACUGGACGAGUGUGAGAAGCUGGUGGUCGCGUUCGAGCGCUGCAGCGACCAGCCAGACAGCCCCGCACCAGAGCUUACGCAUCAGCUCUUGAUCGCGCCGCCGCCAGCGGCCAGCGAGGGGCAGGGCGUCUCGGUGGCGAAGAUACCGCAGACGGAAAACGCGGCCGCCCGCACCACCGACGCCCACGCGCCGCGGGCCCCAGAGGCGGCUCGUGUCCGACAGGGCGGGCGCCGGACUCCGGGGGAGCGUGGAGCCGGGCGCUGA